AUGAACCAGAUGAUGAGGGAGUUGGUGGCGACGAGCGACCCCUUGGAGGGCCAUGCAUCAGUCCCACCGACGUACACCAGCGUAUUAUCAUCAGAGAUGUACAAUGAUGAGCGCCAUCGGCACUGGUUUGUGGCCUGCCGGAUUGCAGAUAUUCACUUCAGCGUGAGCCUUCCAGACCCUCUUCAACCCUCCGAUGGCGCAAGCGUAACCGCCGCGCAGGCCACUGCAGCAGACAAGAUUCACGAAUGCUACGUGGAAGGACUCAAGGACACCAUGAUGAGAUUCUAUAAUCUCGGAUUUAGCCGUGUGUCUACAGCGACACACCGCUACGCGCUUGACUUUAGUCUCUGGAUGAGAGGCACAUUCGCAGGAUAUUUCCUUUACGUUGGCUGCGGUGAUUACGGCCCCCAGUUUUGGUACACCAAACCGUUGGAUUAUGUUGCGCCUUUCUCACAAGAGUAUGAUGAUUUUUAUCGUCAUCGACGAGCACAAGAAGCUAUCCCCAGACCCGUCGCCAGCACCAUCACGACUAGUAGCAUGCCUCACCAGAAGCCACAAGAGGCCCUCCCCAAACCCGUCGCCAGCAUAGUCACGAACGAUAGCAUGCCUCACCAGAAGCCACAAAAGGCCCCCCCCAAACCCGUCGCCAGCAUAGUCACGAACGACAGCAUGCCUCACUAUAGGCGUGUGACCGUUGCCGACUUUGAUGAACUCCUCAGAGAGGACAGGGAGCGGGCCAGAGAAGAGAGAGAGCGAACAAAUCCCGAAAGUGGUGGAUCGCAGGCUCACUCAGCUUCAACAGCUGAACCAAGCCGUGGUAUAAACAAGCGGAGUCUCGACGAAGCCGACACCAUGGCCCUAGCCCCACCGCCCAAGAGGCCGCAAACAGGAUUUCCUCAGAGAACGCUAACCAGCAUGGGCAUGCUUGGUCGCCAUGAGGUUCAUCAACAUUCCCAAGUUGAACAACACUCGCAAGCCCAAAGUAUAACCGCACAGACAGGAAACGAGUCACAUAGACCACAAAGCUCCUCACAAGCCUCUAGAGGACAUCCUAGGUUUUCCGCAAGAGUCUGCGGCAAUAGACUCUGCGAAAGCCGCCAUCAUGAGUUGGCUGACUGCCUCGGACCGCCGUCUCGGCAGGGCGACAUCGACGGCUGUCCCUUAUGCAACACCCAACAGCACGGGCUCGACUGUUGCACGAAACUCCCUCGUAUCCCUAGGAACGAUUUAUUUGACACCUUAGUAACGCGCCGGGCCAACUUACCCGUAAUCCGAACCUCAAUUUCGAUCCUCUCAUUAGCAGCUAGUUUAAAUAAGCUGGAUGUGUUGGCUGAGACCAUGCCGCUGACCAAAGGCACAGCCAAGGGGAUCUACACUCAACAUCAGCCGUGGAAACGUCAACAUCGGCCCCGACUCUUCCGAGACCCAACAUUGCCAUCAGAUCCUGUGGCUUUCUUGGAAAAACUGGACCAAGCUUGGUCGUCCGUAAUAAUGGGUACUGUACAGAACCACGGUCCUCCCGAGAACAUACCGAGGAACCUAACAGUCUUUAAUUCGGUUUGGAUCUCUCAACUUGUCCCGUUUCGCAAAGCUUUUGCGCAGGCCGGAGUCCAUGUUGAUGGUCGGGGUUACUACCCAUUCGGGACGGCCCCUCAGCAACGUGCUUACGAGAAGGCACAUCAAGAGAAAGUUCGACAGGAGCUCUCCACUUUGCGAAGAGAGCGAGCUGCGAGUCAGGUCAGACGCCGUUGA